GCUCAGUGCUGUUGCUGCUUCCUCUGCUGCAGCAAACUUAUUUUUUUUCCCUGCUUUGUCGAAGAUGAGCUGAUUGCGAAACAGCCUCUGCUGGCCAGGUAGUAGGGUAUUUGUUAAGAGAUUGGCUGAGGUUUGAGACACUUCCUUCCACCAGCACCGUCCAGAUGGGAGAUCACCACUCGCUGUUGUUUUUUGCCCAGAUGCACUGUCUCCUCUCUGCUCUCAUCUAAGUUGGCUGCAGACGGCCAUCUUGUGCAUUGCAACAGACUGGAGCAGCAGCGCUGUGUGUUACCAUGGUGAUCAUUUUCUCAAAAACACUGAAAAAGAAGAAGGGUGUCAAUGAUGUAAGGUCCAAGAACAAGGAGAGAAAGCUGCGUGACCUCCACACCAUGAGCAGAGGGACCACCCUCUUCUCCUGUGGCCCUGUGGAGGCAGAUAGAUGGUUGGACCUGGGGCCAAACUAUGCCAUCCAGCAGGCAGCGCCGUGCCAGUCUGGUGCCAAGCUGGAGAGCCAUUGGGAUGUGAUGCCCAAGCAAGGCAGGCAGCAACAAUUCAAGGAGCCAGGCAAUGACACGUCCAUCACAAGUCUGAUUAGAGAUCUCAGCCUCGGCAGCGGCAGUGUCACCAGCACGCAUCCACGUACCACCCCCAACACUACACAUUACACCACUUCAGUUACCAGUCAUGCUCAUACAGCACCCCCAAGCAAACGUCAGUGUCGCUCCCUGUCAUUCUCUGAUGAAUUUGGAGGUUUCCGCUCAUCUUGGAGGCCCCAGGGAUCCCGUUUGUGGACAUCAUUUGAGAAAAGAAGAUGCUACAGUGGUGGGAGUGUCCGAGGAGGGGGUGCCGGUUUUUCCAGCGGUCAUUUCCCAACCAUGCAACGUAGCUCUAGCUUUAGUUUUCCCUCACGGUCAAGCAUGCCUAUUGAUGGAGCACUGGAUCUGCCGCUCUUCAGCGAGCAACUGCCUCUCCACCCUCUAUUCACUGCCUCCCCAGUCUCCCCUACCUCCCCUUCCUCACUUCAUCACCAUUUCCUCAGACCUCUGUCCCUCUCCCAUGAACAGAUUAGUGGGCCUCAGCUCCAAAGAGAAGAAGCAUCAGAGGCCAGCUCUCCAGACUCUACCCCUGAGCUGGGGAGACGAGCUGGCCAAAGAGCUGGAGGACCAGGGUGUCUGUCUCGCAGCAGGUCUCAACCCUGCGUGCUAAAUGAGAAAAAGAUAGGUAUGAAGCGUAGAAGACCAGAGGAAGCCCAGGAGCAGCGCCCAUCCCUGGACCUGGCUAAGAUGACUCAGAACCUUCAAACCUUUGAGAGCUUGAGCUGCCCUGGAUUCUCCACCAAUGACAGCUGUCAAUCAAGCUUUGCUUUCCACGUCUCAUCUGUGACUACUAGUCAGCCAGACCCGGACUUCGCUCCUGUGUCAGAUCUGGGCAUGGAAUCACGGCAGGAACUCACAGGGGAUGAUGCGGAAGAGGAUUCCUCCUUCGAGGAACUGGAUAGCGACUCGGCCUGUAGCGUGGAUUCUCGCCCUGGGUCUCCCGUAGAUGGUAAACGCACUCUCUGGAAGGGUGAGUGUGGGAAACAGAGGGACAUUUUCCAGCUGGGGGGGGAGCUGGACCUUGACCAGAUUGAGAGAAACUGAACAUUUCCGUUUGUGGUAUUAUGGAAAGUUCCAGGAUACUGAGAAAGAUGUUACCAAAAGAUGGCUUCUAAGUUGGACUGCCAAGCCUAAAAAGAAUGGAGGUGUUCAGCCAUUUUUAAAUAAAGAAUGGUUGGAAAGUCAUAAGGAAAGUGAUAUAGAAGAUAAAGAAUUGAGCACGUUGGAAGUAUGAACAUAACAGCUGACUUAGUGACUCGUUUUGCCUUGAACAUUCUUACUGUUUGAAUUAAGAAGCAGUGACCUUAGUUGUUUUAUAUUGGGUAUGCAACUUCACUCAGGAGUGUGAAAGUGAGGGUUCUCCUUUAGAACUUCUACCAGCUCUGCUGUCUUUUCAACCUGAUGACCUUUCCAUAAUCAGCUAACCUUAAAUUUGUAGUACUGUAGCAGUAUCUGACUUCUCCUGUACUUAUCUCAAGUCUUUUAGAGAAAGUGUAGGUCAAGAUGAAACAUGGGGGCAGAUAGUGGGGGGUGGAUAAAAGCAGCUCCCGGAAUUUGCUGAAUGUAAGCUAACAAAGCUUUAAGAAGAGAUGAAAAAAAAUGACAGUGCCUUCUUUUGGAUGCUUUCUCUUACAAAAAAGUAGCCACAAUCAAAUCCACGUUUUCUGCCUUUUUGUGUAGUUUUUUAAAAUAUGCAAAUUGUAUAUUUGAGUUAAACACUGAAUCCCAACUUUUAAUUUCUCAUGUCAGUGUAUAUUUUUCUAAAUAACUUUUUGUAUGAGCUGUUUUUGAAGGAACAUGAGUACAAGAGCUUUCUUGUAACAGAAUGAUGAAAUAAAUUUGCAACCUGCACUCUUA